AUGACUUUGAACGAAACUUCCAUCCACGUUUAUUCCCACGAAGAAGUAUCGGCUUUAGUCGCUUUAACCACCUUCAUUUUGGUUCUCUCUGUACCAGCUAACAUUCUAGUCUUACUUGGUUACCUAACCUCGCCUUCAGCUCGUAGAAAACCAUCAAACUUACUGCUCAUAAACAUGACUCUGAGCGAGCUUCUCACAGCGGUAAUCGUGAUUCCUUUACAACUUGUCGUUCACUGCACCAACUCGAGUCUGGCAAGAAAGGACGGACCAUGGUGUAAAACUGUUGGUGUACUAACCUAUCCAUUUUAUAUCGUCACUGUCGCUACCAUGGUGUGUAUAAGCAUUGAUCGAUUCUAUGCAAUACGUGAACCUCUGAAAUACAAGUCGAAAAUGACUGCAAAAUGCAUUGGACUGAUGAUCGUCUAUACCUGGUUUCACGCAGCAGCAUUUUCGUUUAUAUUUGGCUUCGUAGUCGGUGUGGGAUACAAUAAACUCUCAGCCGUUUGUAGCAUCGUUUGGGAUGAUCAUAUGGGAGUGAGCGUUUUUGUCGCCGCCACUCAUAUACUGCUACCGUUUGUGUUGCUAAUGGUCCUAAAUUUGAAUUUGGUCGCCUCGUUGCGGAAACAGAAUCGUAAUUUAAUGAAUCAGCUUGACAGAGAGUUGAAUGUUACUGAUCGUGUCCAUGCGGGAAAAGUUCAUACCAGACAAGGUAGGUUUGCAAGUUUUUGUUCAGGAGUUUCACUAAGCACUAAUCAUGCAGUCUUGCAUUUCAUGACAAACCAGCACGCGUGGUAUCGUGCACGAUCACCACGCUUGCCUUUCAAGUUUGGGAGACCUGAGUUCAAUCCUUGGUCGGACCUCUACUCAAGGUCUUAAAAUAAUUGAGGAGAAAGUGCUACCUUUCCAUUGACAUCAUUCAGUAACUAAAUGGUUAGACGUCUUCUCCGAUAAGGACGUUAAAAUCGUAGAUACCUCGGAUCCCCUAUCGAUUGCGCAAAAGCCUGUUGGGCAAUCCGCUCAUGAAUGAGUGAGAAACUCCAGAAGCUAAUGAUGUUGAUGAUGACCAACUCCAAGAAGAACGGUUUUCAAAUGUUCACCUAUUAACCUUGAGUUGUGUGCUGGCAAUGGAAACAAUUAGCAUAAUACGCUUUCUUCCAUAGGUUGCAUAAUCAAAGUUGGUCAUCAUGUGUGGUACCUGCAUACAACGAUUAAUGAAAGCCACGAAUUUGUGGACUUCUGUAAACGUUACAGCUGGUGGUCACCUUGAGAAAUGGUGCCAGUUAGAGGAGCAAGAAAAUGAAACUUCAUCUCUGAAUUCCAUUUCUAGACUACCACAUAUGUAAUGAAAAUAAUUAUUUUCUCAUUCUGAUAUAACUGCAGGUUGACCAUCAUCUGCUGCCCCAUAGUGCUUCGUGAAACCAACUUAUCGACACACCUCGUAUUUAUAUUCUGAUAUCAAUAGCCUUAUUACGUAUUCUGAAUAUAACUACCAUGAUACUUUGCGGGUAUUUUCUUCAUUAUGCAAUAACACGUCCGAAAAGCAUGCUGGUAGUUGUAUUCAGAAUACGCAAUAAGGGGAACCGGCUCUUAAGUAGUUACAAUAUUUCGUUUUUCCUUUUCAGCGCAAGAAAGAAGAGUUGCUGGCAUGGUAUUUUGGAUUAUAAGCACAUACUUAAUCUGUUGGCUUCCUAUCCUAGUCACCAGGUCCCUACAAGUCACCCCGGUCCGUUCUUCGCCACUCAUUGACGCUAUCUCUAGCCUUAUACUUCAUCUAAGCGUGGUUAUCAAUCCGAUGUUAAAUUUAAAAUUCAGAAAAGAACUCCGUGCCUCUGUCAAGAGAAUGUGCAUAAGAAGAAAUGACGUCAUGCCUAUUCGAGUGCUGAGUCGAUCUUUCUUGUCAGCGGUCGACGCAGAUAGGAGCAAGCUUACUGGACCAGUCUGGACGCAAAGCAGAAGCUAG